CACAGACAAACCCAGCAGAGCACAGGUGAGCUGCAGUGAGUGGACCAGCACACGCCUCACAGCAAGGAAUACUGCUGCUGUGGAGCUGCUGCAGACUUGUCACCUGCAGGCCGUUCAAUUUAUCUUCACGGGGUUACGCUGGACAGGACAUGGUUUCAUAGAAGGAUUAGAUAAAGUUGCCCCAGAUUCCUUUCAACAAGACUUUGUCUUAAGCCAAAACAGGCUCCACCAAACUAAAACAUUUGGAAACUGGGAGUAGAAUACAAACAAACAAAGCGAAGGAAGCCAGAAAGAGUUGCCGACCAGUCUAACUCAAUUCAAGAGGAUAGAUUUACUGGUUUUUAGUAAUAGUCCAAAUGAGCAGUAAUUACAGUGUAUAACACUGUGUUUGGUCAUGACAUGCUAAAAUUGACAAAGGCUCCCUUUAUAACUGAAUGUAAAGCUUUCAUUAGAAUGACCUUCGUAUAGUGAAAUGCAAUUCCUCACAAGAAGCAAACAACAGAAGUGCCAUAUUGUGCAGCUCCUUUUUCAUGUCACACUGGAGUUAUGAUCGGCAAGAUAAAGAGCAGAUAUUUUCACUGAAAGAAAAAUAAUCUGGGGGCUGGAGAUUUGGAUGUAGACAGAGAGAAUGUGUCGGUGACCAAAAAUAGCGGUGGAGGAAGAGCAACGUCUGGGAAAAGAAAAAGGAGUAUUAGAGAACACUUGGCUGUUUCUCAGCUUUUUAUGUCAAAAUUGUGCAUUUUUUUCAUGUGGCAGGAGUCCAAUGGAACUCAUCUUGGGGAAUUUUGCCUAGCACAAGAGGGAGGUCCAGUUAGAUAGGGAAUUAAACUUGAUGAAGACAAGCCAGAGAAAACAUCUUUUUGACAUUUUUUCAGUUGACUACAUGAAAAUACUUGGAAGGAUUUGUGUUGAAAGCGGAGCCAUGGCGGUUAGUAGCCAAAUGAAGAAUUGAGCUACUUGCCUUGACACUUUUUUUCUCCCUGUAUACUAGUGAGGACAAAAAAUCUAGAGGGAGCCCUGAUCCAACUGGGACAAAAGAAAUUGAGGAUCUUGCUUGGCUGCAGAAGAGUGAUUAUAACUUGGAGUAACAAUGGAGAUCGACAAGGGACACACGUCUUUGCGUAGAGGAGUGAGCUGGAGCGCAGGAGGGUUGGCAAAACCUAUCCAGGCAGCACAGGCCACCACUGUGGAGGAGUGCACAACACAUGAAACCACUGGACUCAACACGGAACAGAUGAGAAGCAAAACAAAUCUAACCAGGAGCGUCAGCUUAUCUGAGAAGGAGCUAAAGGAGGCCCGCCUGAAAAGUCACAUCAUUGCAGCUCAGCUCACUGUGCCAAGCAACUCCAGCUCCAGAGGUGUGCAACUUUUCAACCGGCGCAAGCAGAGGGUCAGCGCCUUUACACUGGAAAGCAGUAGAGGGGGGUCAAAGGAGGCCAUAACCGGGAAUGUAAAACCCAAUGUGUCAUGUAGCAAACUAACAUGGGCAGAGAGAAGUCGUGAGGAAAAGGACCGAGACUUGAACCACAAGAAUUGCACUACCAGCCCACUACUCGUGUCUACUAGGAGUAUACAAGCAAAAGGUGACACCAUGGAGGAACAAGGUGACCAUUGUGGCAAAGAGGAUGUCACUGAACACAAAAUUAUCCAAGAAAGACAUUUCCUCCCUGUAAAGGAAAUAGAUGAGCAGGAGGAGCCAGAAAGCGAUACAGUCCAUGAACUUGAAGACAAAGUCAAGGAUGAUCUUCCGCCCGAAAGAGAAACCAGUAAUCCAAUUGUGAUGACUCUUAUGGAGAAUGAUGCAGCAAUGAAUGGGGGUCACACAGCACCACCUGCCCUUGAAAAUCUUGCUAAUGGCUGCCAUGGGCCUCCAAUGAUUGCUGUGUCUACAUCAAAGCCGACCACCAUCAUCAAUCGAACUGCCAGGCCUUUUUUCUCCCCUCUGACGGUACAGUCUCAAGAAGCGGCCAAUGCUGAAAUGGACAAUGUCCCUACUCGUUCCGCAUUCAAUGCUUCCCGCCCAGUUGCAGUUUCAACUCCACCUCCUCCAACAUAUCCCACACCUGCCCUACCAGCCUUUACAAACAAGCCACCAAAGAAGGAUGACUUCAGUCCACCUGUGACACCUCCCACUUCUCUUCCACCACCUCCUAACAUUCAUACAUCUCAGAAUGCUGCUUCACCCCUACCCCAUUAUGGACCACCAACAGCUCCAAAGCCUACAUUUGUUCCCCAGCCUUUUGUGGAAAGUAGGUCAACACCACCGAUAAAGACCGGAUUGCUUGAGGAUAGUGCUGCCAAACGACCGGGUAAAAAGUCGAUGUUCACUUUCAAAGAGAAGAAAGUUGUAGCUCCAAAUCCCGAGCUGCUUUCUUUAGUGCAAGGGGUGGAUGAAAAGAAGAAAAUGAGGCAAAGAUCUCUGCCUGAACCCACAUCUGAGGAGGAGUUACUAGCUCUGGGUGCGGAGGCAUCCAACUUUCUGACCAAAGAGGAAGACAGAGCUGAAGAAGCCAAAGUCCCAGAGUGGACAUCAUGUCUUAAGAGCUCUAGAACCUAUACAAGAGUAGAACAUAAACCAGAACAGACCCUCAAUGAUGCAUCAGGCAAGGGUGCAGAGCUUUUCGCCAAGCGCAGAUCCAGAAUGGAGAAAUACGUAGUAGAGAAUCAAAAUAUAGGUCAUCAUAUUCGAUCUCCUUCUCCAACAAUGUCUUUGCCACCAUCUUGGGUUUACCCAUCAAACAUGCCAGGUAGGGUCAAAGCUAUGGCUAAAAACUCUGACAUGUGUGCUCAACUUGCUGAAAACAUGAAAGCCCAACAAACCACCAAGCCAAAACCAAGACAAACAAUGCAACCAACUCAAGUUGAAGAGACACCUCCUCUUGAGAAUGGUUGCUCCAAGAUAGAGAUGGACCUGUCAAGACACCGACCUUACCAGCUUAACUCGUCCCUCUUCAUCCUGAAACCAGUCAAGGAUCCGUUAAGUACUCUACCCAAAGGAGCACCACAAGCCAAAAACCAGAUGCCCCCUCAGUCUUUUUCUAGACACAAUUCCUUACCUAAAAACCCUGCCUCUCUCUUUCAAACCCAGUGUCAAUCUCCUCAGAUUCCUAACAGCGGCAUCACAAGAGUAGAGUAUCCACCAAGUCCAGCUUGUGGUCAGCCAUCAACUGUUUUUUCUCCAGCCCGUGUAUCAUCCCACCGGCCUGGGGUUCAGGCACCGAGGCCAAGAUUUUCUGCCAAGCAAGCAGGAAUUGAAACACAGAAAUCAAUGGAGUCCUGUUCAGUUGAACUUCCCAGUGAGACUCGGCCUGGCCUUACAAGGAAGUACAGCAGUCCAGACUGUCUUGCCAGUUCAACGUGGACCUCCAGUCUUCAAACAAAGCACCCGUCUGCAACCAUCUCCAGCCGAUCAGUCACAUCCCCUGUUCCUUUUUCUAGGGUUACCAGAUCCCAAUCUCCUGUGGCCAACCAAAAUAUCCAGCUUUCCACAGUUUUAUCACCUUCCGUAACCAGGCCAUCCCAGACCUCUACAUCCACAUCACCAUGCCCUGCUAAUUGGAGCUCAAGAUGCCAAUCCCCAAUGAUAGCCCAAAAUACCCGAUCAUCCCCCAAUUGCUCAGGUCAUGAUUUGCGAUUGCAAACAUCCAAUUCCUCUCGUACACUACCAUGGGGUUCAAGAUGCCAAUCCCCACUAGUCAACCUACAAUCUUCCAAUUCUUCACACGUUUCAUCCAAAAUAUUGACAAACACCUCCCCACUGUCUCCACCUUGGGGAUCAAGAUGCCAGUCUCCUAUGGUGAGCAUAAGUAACGAGAAUUCCACCCUCUCCUCACUUUCUUCUUCCAGAUCUUCACAAACAACCACAACUGCACCUCACCGUUCGCCUCCUUGGAGUCCAAGGUGUCAAUCACCAAUGGUAAUUCAGACUAUUCAUGCUUCCACUAUUUCCUCUUCCAAACUUUCCAAAACACCAACAACAACGUCUCCUGUCUCGCCACCUUGGGGCUCACGUUGCCAAUCUCCUGCACUUUCUCAUUCUAGUUUGUCGUUUCCCUCUGCUCACCGUCUGUCUAUAUCCUCUGCCUCCUCUCCUGUUACCCUGCCAAAGGACAGUCGCUGCAUGUCCCCAAUCAAUAAUAAUUUAGAGUCAAAGGCUAACCAUCGAAUGCUGGCAAAGAACAUAAUCAAUGCAGCCAAACGUAAAAACAGCCCGUCUCCAGGUGCAUUGAGCAGCCACAGCUUACCUAUCUCACCAGUGGGAUAUUCCCACCAUGGCUAUGACUGCAAACCAUUCCAGUCGCCAACCGUCACCAUUCCUCCCCAAACCCCAACACAGCGGAUUUGCUCUCCCGUGAGGAUUUACAACGCACGUUCCCUGACUGACUCUGAUGCGUCCAUUGAGUCAGAGGACUCGGGCCUGCGUUCACCUGGAAUGCAUUCUUACAACAGCUAUCCCCGUGGUUGGGGUGGCAGCCUUAGAGUGAAGAAAAGCACCAUCUCUACUGACCUGUGAGGAUGCUACAUUUUGGCUUUCAUUCGCCUUGUAAACAGAGAUCUUGAACCAUCAAAAAAUGGUUCAUAAUGCAGUUAAUAUCUUAUGAGAUUUAUGUGGUAUCUUGUAAACAUCCGGCACACUAAAAGGGCAAACUAACCAAAGAUUUUCAACUUCACUUCAAAUGUUAUACUUUACAGUAUCGCAACAAGCAUACUAUGGCUUUAAUAGCUUAUUAGCUAGAACUGAUAAUUGCGUUUGAACAAAGGUGCACCGAUUGAUCGGUCGAUUUCAUUAAUUUGGGGGGAUCGGUCGAUCACCAAAAAUAUAUCUUUUUUGGGGCUCGUGUCUUGAGUGAGUUAGCCACAUUAGUCCGCUAGCCUUUGGUCGCGGACUUUCGUAAUCAUUUAUAUGAGUAUAUAAGUUGUUGGGUAUUUCCGUACUUCCGCGACCCCAACAUAAAGGUUUACGAUUAUAAUGUAUGCCACUCUAUGUUGUGUUAAAGUGGGAAAGAGUAAAAUGUGUAUUGGAGUCACUGUGUGGUAAUUGUUUUGCUGCCACCAGAUGUCCUCAUUACACUGGCUUUCCUUUGGUUGUGAAUUCAGUCAAAUAAUACCUGUUUAGUGAAAUCUCACAUUUGGGUCACAUUCAAACUGUUCCAAUACUAAAAGGUAUUAAAAUGCGUGAAAAGAAAGACUUAAGAGACCUGAUAUAAUUUUAAUAAUUCUCUUCCCCAGAAAGUUUGAAUUUACCAAUUUCCUCAGCAGAUCAGGCUUUUCAAAAAUAAGCUGACUGAUCAGCCAGAAAAUUGUGAUCGGUGCACCCCAACUUUUGAAUGUGGUAAUCGUUGUUUACUGGUCAAAAGACAUACUUUUAAAAUGUUCUUACAUUUAUCAAUGACCACAUAGAUUAUUAAUGCUCAUAAUGCUAUGCAACACACUUUUACACAUGGCUGCAGUUUACAGUAUGUCACAGAUGUCUAUCUUAACUCAUGGCAAAUUGCAAUCAAUACAUAGUGCAAUACUCAUUGUAACAUGGUGUAUAUACGUUGCUUUAUAUAUUGCAUUUGCAGAAGUGAAUGUAAACCUUUAUUACACACAGGAAAGGGAGAUGGGGGUCCUUGGCACACAAUCAAAGGUUAAAAAUGACUCCGUUUAAAGUAAGGAUGGGCAUUUGACCAAAUUUCUUCAAUAAUAGACAUAAGUGUGGAUUUUGCUAAUGAGUUUAACGGGUUGAGUGAAUUUCUCUGAAUUUUCUGGACCCCUUUUUCUGUGCAAUUGUCAUAUUAAGCAAAUUAAUGCUGGCUAGAGGAUUUGUCAUAUUGGAAGAAUGCAUGAAUGUAGCUCAACUUAUAACUGAUGUAACUUCACCAGCAAACAGCUGGUUGCAGCUAAGCAGUGCAACCAACAUAAAGUUACACAAUUAAAUAAAGUACUUAACAAUCAGUUAUUCAAUUUUGAAGCACAAUUUUUAUAUUCAUGUUGAGAAAUGUCCGUCUUUUGUUUGGCUGAUCAUACUGUUAAGGAAAACUAGUAGGCUACACAUUUCUGAAAAUUUCUGACAAACAUGUAGAACACAUUUUGAAAUGUUGCUUUUUUUAUUCAUUAAUUUGUGGAAAAGAAAGUGUAUUUUGAAUGCAAAAUAUGUUCCAGUUUUAUAUUCUCAAAGUUUCUUUUCAUAAGCAACCAUAUUUGCACUUAUUUGCCUAUUUCAUUCAUUUCCCAUACAAAACCAUCCAAUUUAAGUCUUGUCUUAAUAGUGUUUUGUACAAUCCAAGUUAAUGCCAAAAUGGACAUAAUUGGUUGUGGCCUUUAAAUGAACACUUUCUCUUUCUACUUUGAGUGUUGAUUCUGAAAGCUAUCUUUACCCCAUUCCUGUGUCAGCAAACAGCACAUCACAGACUCGAGUCUUUUGAGAAGCAUGGACACCUGUUUGGCGUUGACCUUCAGCAGGAUUAAACCUAUCACUGUCAAUAGAUUGGUUUCAGCAGGACUUUGGACCGGCCAACCUUUGCUGACACCCUUCAUUUGGACUUUUGCAAAAGUUUUUAAGGGCCCUGUGAUUGUGCAAAUGCAUUUUUACAAAACUAACAUUCCAUGAUUGCAUGAUGUAUAGAAAUCACUGAAUAAUAAAGUGGUGAUACACAGCUUUGAAA